UAUCUGUUAUUGGAUCUUGCCCCCCCCCCUUUUUUGUUCUUUUCAUUUUGCGAAGUGAUGAUGGUUCGACACUCAACUUUUACCGUUGGGAAAAAUUUGGCAUUUGUCGGGCUCGGGCUUGGGAUCGCUUGUUUGGCCAAAGUGCUCGUGCCAACAGUCAACAGAAAUUGCAUUCUGCCAACCAUAGCAGAGACUGCUUUAAGAGACUCUGAUCAUCUUCCCCAAAGGAGCCCCGCUGGCUCUCUGCCUCAGAAGAUUGGCUUCGCCACAAGCCGCUCGUCCUCAGCCGCCCACGUGGGAGUCGGACCUGACUCGACUCGUGAGAUGAUCGCUGAAGAGGACCAGACCCUCCCUUCCCCCAUGGUCGAAGCUGUAUCCUUCCAGUGUACAUAA